AUGCUUCCACUGACCUUCUGUGUCGAGACGAAACAAGCUCAUGACAAGUUUGCUCGACAAAAAAUGGUUUUGAACAGCAAGACAUCGAACCCUGCAACGUUUCUAGGCUUCAUGGCGACGACUGCAGCCCAUAGAGCAGUCUUUUAUGGUCGACAUGAAGACCUGGCGCCAUCCAAUACCAAUCAUGAUGACCUUAUCUUCGAUCCAGACUAUAUCAGAGUUAAGAAUGAAGCAAUGGUGGCCGUUCGCCGCGCGUUCGACCAGCGUGCAAACGUAGAUAACCAGAUGGUUGAGGCCUGCUUUGGCCUUAUCUCGACCGCUACAGUUGUGGGCAACUUCGCAGAGGCCAGAAUACAUCUGAAAAUCCUCGAGCGGAUAACUUCACAGAUGACCCUUUCAGACGAAACAAUGAUGUGGCUACCGCUGUCAAAUGUGAAAGUCUCGGUUGGACUACUUGUGCGCCCUGUCCUCCCGCUGCUUUUCACGCGCGAACCCUUACCUGAAGAGGUUUUGUUCUGUGCUGCUCAACAUCUUGGAACUGACAUGACUCGCCUGGGACAGGAUUUCACGCAGCUGCAGCAAAUGAGCCAGCGAUUGAAACUGCUGCUCACUACAGCCAGCGAUAUUUGCCGUCUUUGUGAAAUGCAUAGUGUGGUUCCCCGAGGCCCGUCGCCCGCAGAGAACCUGAGCUUGCGGAAGAAAGCAACAGAGCUGGAAUUUGAUCUGCUAGCAUAUCCCUAUGAAACAGAUAUAUUUCCUCGAAAUAACGAAAACGAGCCAGAAAUACCAGCACUGGAAGGCAUAAUCCGUCUUGCAGCCCUGGGCAUGCUCUCGAUUGCUCCUCACACAAUUAUGGCUCCUACCGGGCUCGGGAGAGCUCUAACACACCACCAGAAAGGGGCGUUUGAGAAGUGGCUCCAUUGGAAACGAUCCGAAGACGCGGAAGAACAAAAGAUCAUCUGCUGGGUCCUCUUCGUCUUCGUGCAAAACUCGCUGAAACAACCGGAGCAGCGCUUCUUCACGGAGUUCCUGGCGCAGGUUGCUCGGGAUCUUCGUCUCCUGACCUGGGAAGAGGUCGAACAGGUCAUGUACGGGCUCCUGUAUAUGCCGCGGCUGCAGUCUUCGAUAUGGCAGGGCAUCUGGGCCGACGUUUGCAAGGUUCAGAACUCCACUCACCAGCCUCACCACGACCUUCAAUGA